UGUGGGGGUCAACGGUAGAACCAGGAAUUCUCUGAAAUAGCUCCUAUGGAUAAUACAGUGCUUAUGGAAGGAUAAGUAAUAGCACCAUGCUGGUUUGAAGCUUACAGAUAGAAAAUUAAAAACAUCAUAGUUUGGAACUUUGGCCAGCAAAAGAUUUUUUUCAGAAGAGGAGUAUUUUAUUAGUGAUGUCUAGAUUUGCUGGCACAUAGUGAUCAUAAUUAAAAAGCAGACCAACUUUCAGUUGUUUGUUCUUGUCUUAACAUUCUCUGAUGAUGAUGCUCGAAUUGCGCACUUCCGGGUCUGAGGGCUUCCAGCGCUCUGUCCCUGGUGCUGCUCGCCCACGGCUCUGCCCUGCUGUCUUGCAGGGCUCAGCUCCACCUUCAGAACGACCCAACAAUAGUUUCCACUCGUUGUGGGCAACAGUCUCUUAACAACAGUCUCUUCCUGAAUGUGGAGGGCCCUUCACAACCACCACCCUCUUCAUUCUCAGCCAGUGACCUCACUUCUACUUGACCCAAGAGUUAGACCAUUGGGUGUAACUUCUCCUCCCACUACUUGGCACCGUCAUCUCCAUCCACCUGCUGCUUUGCUCCUCCUGAUCAAGACCAAUCCUGCUGUUCCACCACCUCCAGGAUUACUAUCUCUGUCUCUGUCUAUCCUUCUUUUACUCCUCAUCCUCAGUUCUUACAUAUACUUAAUUCUCAUCCUAAGAAAUAAAAAUGAAACCAGAGUCCUUGCCUGAUCGGGCAUCACUGCCCCCACUCCAGCUCCAGCCAGCCUCCAAGCCUCUCUUCUGUGUCUUGUGUAUCAGACCUGAGUAUCACCAUUAUUAGAAAGCUCUAGCUCCCAUUUUAAUAAUAAUAAUAAUAAUAAUAAUAAUAAUAAUAAUAACUGGCCUUCUAGUUUACCAUCUCUCCUGAGUUGUGUUCAUAGAGGUUGGUAUUCCAAGGUGAAUCCACUCUUUUGUACUGAAAAAACCCAAACGUUGGGACCCACAAAAUGAGGACCAGAUACUCUGCCAAAAGCUCUACCAAGGCAAAGCUCCCCUGAAAGGUUGUUUAGAGCCAGCUGUCUUCCUUCUGUGACAUCUUUGUUGUCACCUGUCAGUAUCCAUCCCAAUGCUGGUCACAAGGCAUGGGCUUGGAGUCAGGAAUACCGGGGUUCAAUUCCUUGGGUUCCUGGUAGCCAUACUUCCCUGUCAUGGGAACUUGGGAAAGGCACUUCACUUCUCUGAGUCUAUUUCCAUUUCUUUAAAAUAUGCAUAGUAAUGGUUACAUACAGGAUGACUGUAGAGAUGAAACAGGCUUCACAAAAGCACUUGCCAGUAAAAAGGCAGGAGUGUUCCCAAAUCUGCAUAAUGACAAGAUGAAUUUGAAGAAAAUCUUGGAAAAUGUACACAAGUCAUGAAGAUAUUGGGUAUGAUUUUGAAGAUGACCCCAAAGAUAAGAAGACACUUAAGCCCCACCCAAACAUUGACAGUGGAUGGGCUUGGAUGGUGGUUCUUUCCUCCUUCUUUGUGCACAUCCUCAUCAUGGGCUCCCAGAUGGCCCUGGGAGUCCUCAACGUGGAAUGGCUCGAAGAAUUCCAUCAGAGCCGUGGCCUGACUGCAUGGGUCAGCUCCCUCAGCAUGGGCAUCACUUUGAUUGUGGGACCUUUCAUCGGCUUGUUUAUUAAUACCUGUGGGUGUCGCCGGACCGCAAUUAUUGGAGGGCUGGUGAACUCGCUGGGCUGGGUACUGAGCGCCUACGCCGCAAACGUGCAUUAUCUCUUUAUUACCUUUGGAGUGACAGCUGGCUUUGGAAGCGGGAUGGCCUACCUGCCGGCGGUGGUCAUGGUGGGGAGGUACUUCCAGAAGAGACGCGCCCUCGCCCAGGGCCUCAGCACCACCGGGACAGGGUUCGGCACCUUCCUCAUGACGGUUUUGCUCAAGUACCUGUGCGCGGAGUACGGAUGGCGGAAUGCCAUGUUCAUCCAAGGCGCCGUGUCCUUAAACUUGUGUGUCUGCGGGGCGCUCAUGAGGCCCCUCUCUCCGGGGAAAGACCCGAAUGACCCGGGAGGGAAAGAUCCGCGGGUCGUGCUGGCUCACUCCCCUGGAUCUAGGUCCAGUGGGCCGCUGGGCGGAGCGGGAGAGAAGGGUGGCGGGCCCGGGAAUGAGGAGACCGGCGGUGACGCCCCGGCCCGGGCGAACCAGGAGAAGGCGGGGCACAGACAGACCACCUGCGCCUUCGGGGUUCUGAAGACCGCCAGCCGGCUGACCGUGAGAGUCCGGAAGGGCUUCCGGGACUGGUACUCCGGCUACUUCGGGGCGGCCUCGCUCUUUACCAAUCGGAUGUUCGUCGCCUUUAUUUUCUGGGCUCUGUUUGCCUACAGCAGCUUCGUCAUCCCUUUCAUCCACCUCCCGGAAAUCGUCAAUUUGUAUAAUUUAUCGGAGCAAAAUGAUGUUUUCCCUCUGACUUCAAUUAUAGCAAUAGUGCAUAUCUUUGCCAAAGUGAUCCUGGGCGUUGUGGCCGACUUACCUUGCAUCAGCGUUUGGAAUGUCUUCCUGAUGGCCAACUUCACCCUUGUGCUCAGUAUUUUUAUUCUGCCCCUGAUGCACACGUACGCUGGCCUGGCUGUCAUCUGCGCGCUGAUAGGCUUUUCCAGCGGUUAUUUCUCCCUCAUGCCCGUAGUGACUGAAGACUUGGUGGGGAUUGAGCACCUGGCGAACGCCUACGGCAUCAUCAUCUGUGCCAAUGGCAUCUCCGCGCUGCUGGGACCACCUUUCGCAGGCUGGAUCUAUGACAUCACAGAAAAAUAUGAUUUUUCCUUCUAUAUUUGUGGCCUACUUUACAUGGUAGGGAUACUCUUUUUACUCGUUCAACCGUGUAUUCAAAUGAUAGAACAAUCCAGAAAAAAAUACAUGGAUGGUGCACAUGUGUAGUGUCAUGUUCUGUUUCCUGUAAGAUUUCUUUGGGGGACCCAUGCCUACCUCACAUGGUUGCUGUGAGGAGCCCAUGACAUCGUUGGGAAAUGCCUGUCUGGUAGUCGGCACUGUCAUUUAUAAAUGCCUUGGACUUCAUUUGAAAGCAGCACUGCCUUUCCAUUUGGGGAGAAACAAUGUCGGAAGGGAUGAAAUAUGACAUACAUUUUAAAGAUGACAAUGUCCUUCAAGACGGCCUAUUAAAUAAUUGGUAGAAAAGCCCUUACAAAAUCUAUUCUGUCUCGUCAUCCAAUGGGACUAAGGUUUUUAGAAACAGCUUCUGAAACAAAGACAAGGAAUAAAGUCUUGUCAACUCA